CUCUCUCUAACUUUCCCCUUAGAGAUCCUCUUUCUCUCCAACUAGGGUUUCCUCUCUAAACACAACAAAAAGAAUCCCAAUAAUUGAAUUGAAAAUCUCCUUGAGUUUUUAAAUCUCUCCUUCUUAUAGUAAAGAUACAAACGAGAGAAACAAAGAAGAUCAAACCAUUCUGGUUAGAUAUCUCGGGCACUUUCUCUUGUUGCUCCAUUAAAAGGGGAUAUAACCAAAAAUGUCAUCAUCGUAUUCGAACUACACAAACUCACCGUGCGCAGCAUGCAAGUUCCUCCGGCGGAAAUGCACGUCAGACUGCGUAUUCGCACCAUAUUUUCCACCAGAGGAACCUUUAAAGUUUGCGAACGUCCACCGGAUCUUCGGAGCAAGCAACGUGAGCAAGAUCCUCCAUGAAGUGGCCCCGCAUCAACGGGAAGACGCGGUGAACUCGCUGGCUUACGAGGCGGAGGCACGGCUAAAAGAUCCAGUGUAUGGCUGCGUUGGGGCCAUCUCGGUGCUUCAAAGAGAGGUCUUGAGGCUGCAAAGGGAGCUAGAGGAGACAAAUGUUGAUCUCAUGAGAUACGCUAGUUGUCUUGGCGGUGAGACGUCGGCUUAUGGGGGACGUAGAGGUUGACUGGUCAACGGGAUGUUGAUUAGCGGCGGAGAAGUAUAAAGACAGAGUGGAUGGUUGAUGUGAUGUAAGUGAUUAGGAUAUCUUCGUAUGUAUGUGUAUGUAAAUGUAUUUUAUGUAUGUGUAUAUUAUAUACUUAUGCGUAUGAAAAAAAAAAACUUAUGCGUAUGUGUCAUUUAAAUUGUAUAUAUCUUUUACGUGGGAGGUCAAAGGAUUUUCUGAAUACGGUGAAAGGAAAUAAUUAAUUGAUAUAUGUGAUUGUGUUGUGUUGGGUUCUUACUUCUUAGCUAUAGGAAGAUAGUAAAUUUCGUUUUUAGUGACAAACAAACAAAAAAGCUUGUUUA